CCGUCCGCUGCGUGUGCAAGUCAAUCGCAUCGCGAAAAUUCGUGGUUUCGUUGUAACUUCCUCGGAAAAUCUGCGUGUGAUCGACACCGUUUUCACAGCGGACUCUCGGACUUGCUGCUAAAGCGUUCCAGCAGCAGAGCAACAGCCAUGGACUCGACAGAAGUGGAAGUUCAGAGGCGGGCCCGUCUGGUCUCGAUGCGCGAUCUGGUUCCCGAGGACAGCAGUAGCGGAAGCAGCAGCGAAGACGAAGAGAGCAGCAGUAUGAUGAAGCACCAUCUCCAGCAGCAGCAGCAGCCCGACCACCACCAGGGGCCCUGCGAGAACUACAUGACGCACAACUGCGUCACCAUCAUUCCCGUCGAGUAUCCACGCUCCGACAGCUCGCCGCUCUCAGAGCAAGAGGUGUGCGUGUACCUCAUGAACAAGGUGUGCCUCUGCGUCGAGGUCAGCAACGUCCAGUUGGCAACGGCCCAUGAGAUCGUCGACAUCAUCGCGGAGGACGACACCGAGAUCAACUUCCCAGCACAAGUCAAGGACAUCUUUGCCCUCUGGGUGACCUCCCCGUUGCUCGAGCUGCAGCUCAAGCCAGAUCACAGACCGUACCUGAUCCGGGAGCGAUGGUCAGAAUACCUGAAGAAGUACACCUUUGCCACGAAGCAACAACUCGACUCUGAUGAACCAGUGCUGACACUGCAGAGAAAUGUAUUUCUCGAGAAAUCCAAAGAGAAAGAGAUCACAGACCUGAAGCUGCUGAAGAUGCUCUUUGCGGAAGCCAAGGGCAACGUCCUCGACGGGAGGUACCCCUGUGAGACCGAAGACUGCAUGGUGCUAGGUGCCAUUCAGGCACGGCUCGAACUUGGACCAUACGAUCCUCUCAAGCACACUCCAGAGUUCUUCAGAUCUCGAAUUCGAGACUUCCUGCCUGAGCACGCCUGCCGCUCUCACUGGUUCCUUCUUGGUUUGGGUGCCAAGAACGGCCCCGAGCGUCGUCUCUCUGAGCACUACAAGGCCAUUGCGAGCAACGUCAAGGAAAGUCGUCUGAUGCGCAAGUACCUGGAAUUCUGCUGGGCAUUCCCUUACUACGGGAGCGCCUUCUUCAGCGGUCAGGUGGAGAGGCCUGUGACGGGCAUAGCAUCGCUGAUGAACCACUACGACCUGCCCGUCCUCGUGGCCAUCAACCGUGACGGCGUUCACGUCAUGGACCCAAGCCAGCCAGUAGUGCUGCUCAGCCUGCCGUACAAGCAGCUGUCGUGGGACUACGCCUGCCCGACGCAGCCUGACAACCCUGACUGCCUGCCCUGCCUCUUCCUGCAGUUCCAACUACCCGGGCAGAAUGAGACGUCUGUACUUCAGAUCUUCUCGCGACAGGCCGUACUCAUGGACGCCUUGAUAUCCACGAUUGUCGAUGAAUUGAAGAAGCGAGCCUCUUGGAUUGAAUCUGAAGCCGACGCAACGACAGUGAACAGAGCAGAUGAUGAUAUUCAAGUGCCGCUGACAGUGAAGAAACUCAGGCAGGAGCAGGGACUGUCCGGACGCUUGCGCAAGCUUUCCAUUGCCAAAUUCAACAGCAGCGGUGACUACCUCAAUUCCAAGGGUUCUCUCGAGUUCAGAAGGGACGACCGCCCGAGAUGAUUGGGGUUCGAAAGGGAACUGCCUUGGUACUGAGGCAAUCUCGCUGCACGGAGGAGACAUCCGCGCCUGAGCACGCAUGUGUUUGCUACUGAGCGGGAUAAUUUACAUUGUACGCCGAAGCAUAGAGUCAGGUGUGCCAUCUUGCAGCUUACUCGUGCUCAAUCCAUGGCACAUUGCCGGGGUCCCUGCCACAGAACACUCUUCAGUAUUUUGUGGCCAUUUGAUAGAGGGACCGUAUGAGGGUGCUGUCACACAGCAGCGAUAGAAGUUUGAGUGGACUCGUUUAACAGUGAUCUAGUGCUCCCCCUCUCAGCACCGCAAUCCAAACGCACUGCACUUCUCCUUUACUGUGGAUUGCCUGCUGUUGAUGUACUUGUUCAUUCGUGAGAAGCUUAGGCAUUUAUAGAUCUGCUUUAACAUUCUACAUUACAGUGUAUCUACAUGCUGUAAUGUUAAACAUAGCUGCAGAAAUGGGCUGCUGCCAGUGUUGAAAACAGUGGCGUGUUAUCUAGCUCCUCACUUCAGACAGCCCUUGUAUAUGUUGUAAAGAAUGUACAAAAAGGUUCAAUGCGGCUUAGAAAACGCCCAAAGGUGGCUAUAGAUAGUCGUUGUGGCGACAGAUGCCACUUAGGUUGAGAAAACAGUACAUUUGAACGAUCUGCAAAUAGUUUUUGGCCACUGUUUCACGAGUUUGCUCGAGGUCGCAGCACACGGUGCAGGUCCUAGUGUAACAUAUUGUACCCACGGGACAAGACUAGAGGCGAGCUGCAAAAUGGCACGCCUGUCGUUACGGAAUAAUGUUGGCUAUGAAAAAGGCCUCAAACAUUUAUCGAACGAAGUGGUGAUAUAUGUAUAUUCCUGAGAACCACCUGUUCCGCACUGUAUCCCCCACCAACACCCAAAGAGGGCUUCUUUGCAAUGUCCUGAUACUUUUUCCAUUGUUACGCUGUCUUUCGUUUUUUAUACCGUGGCUUUGCCGAUAUAAAAUGGUGUAUCUGCAAGCCACAUCAGUAUUAUAUAGCAGGAAGCUUUGAUUCAUAUUUCAAUGCUUUUGUCGUGUUAACUCGGUCCUUGCAAUAGCCAAGAGAGGCAGAGAAGAUGUCUGACCGAUAAGACGGCCGCCACGCUUGCGCUUGCUACGUGUCGCGAGUACUACAUACAGAACAUUUUCCUAUUGUAUGCUGCCGCUUCCCGGCUCACCUCGCAUGCACUAUGUGUCGGUAACUAUUAUGUAAAUUACUAAAGAAUGGUGCACUUUUAUCAGAAUUUGUUUUAUGUUAUGUUCUUGCCACUUGCGCUUUAAGAUGUCUGUAUUCUAUAUAUGGAUAUGAUCUUGUUUCGAAAGAGAGAGUCAUCAUAUGCCUAGUGCGCCCUUUCAAUGCCGUGCACUUUGUAAUUUUGAGGUGAAAAACGACAACGUUCUUAGCCGGUGCUGUUUGUCAUUUCCACGGGGACUGUGGCUGACUGAAUGUUUUUUUUUUAAAUGCUAGCAGAAAGUAUUAAUUGACAUCUCUAACCAUGCAUUAUCCAACAGACUCUCUGUCAAUCAUCGCCCUCCCGCUUUCCCAAGUGGGUCGGUGCUAAUCAUUUUCUGGCAGUUAUGUUUGGUAAUCAAGAUACGCAUCGUAUAGCGUAGGAGUCUUCGUUUCAGAGUGCAUUGCAUUGACUCCUGAUCUGGUAAAACGGUCUGACAGAUUUCAGAGCUUAGCCUUUUAUCUGGAUACAUUUCACCAGGCCUUACAAGGAAUGGGAUUUAUCGCAAGAGCUGUGUCUAAUUUGUGGCCUGUUGUUUAAUGCCUAUAACUUAUAGUGAAGAUUAUGUUUUUCAGUGUUAAACAGUUUGGGCCUUCUGCGCUUGCUUUAAUUCCUCUUCAGAUACAGUGACCUAUAUAUAAAUAGCCUCUGCGUUAAUCCAGGUCGUGACGCACAGCAGCUGACAAAGUGCAUAUGUCUGAAGGCCACAGUCGAAGGUAAUACCUACAGUUGAACCCUGCUUAGACAUUCAUCACUUACAUGUUUCUUCAUGUUGAACGUUCUUGGUAUCCACUUCGAGCCACAAAUCUACAGACACCACUGUAUUAGAAUCCCCUUUUCACGUGUUGUUCCCACAACAUUUCUGCUUGCUUCAUACAUUGGGAACAGUUGUGCUGGAUGUGCUGAGGAGGUGCACCUGUAAGCAGACAUAUACGGAUCAUUUCUGUUUUUACACCUUUGCUGUCUGCUGUGGAGAGUAUUUCUCUGUCAAAUUUUGUUAGAGUUAAUGAUUUUGACAAGCGAUUCCGCCAGAGCAACGCCCUCGACAGCAGGCCGCUGUCGACUUGAAGGCAUAGAUUUCAGCUCACGCACUUGUGGUCCGUAUACCUUUGCUCACGGGUUUACGUGCCUUAGUGAGUUCUGCAGUCUGGAUUGCCGCAACGCCUUCAAAUGCUCGUAAAGGGACAGGUUCUGGUAUCGUUGUGAAACGAAUGCCACACUUCCAUGAAGGACUUUUUUAAGGCAUAAACUGGUGAUUCAACUCUUCGGAGGUAGGGCUGUGGGGAAUGUGUCCACUGUGUUAUUUUUCGUUAAUUUUACCCUCGACUUUACCCACAUGUUCUCGUCAUAUGUUUCUGAACUAUUGCACUUCUGUUUUUUCCAGAGUCUCGUGAACAACUUAUUCGUAUGAUGUUGUACUAUAGUUGAAAAAAGUAAAAUUUUGAAGCUUUUGUUUUUCAUGUGCAUUUAACUGCAGCCAGUUUGCUUACAGUGCUGCUAACAUUGCCUAAUAGUUUGCCAUCAUAUCCACAAGAAAUGUGUUUCGCUACACAAAGCAAACACUUCGUCAUCCACAGUAUUGAGCAUGCAUAAGUAUGUUUCAAAACAUUGAUGUUUCUAACUGCACCAUGUCCUCGUACACAUUUUCUUUUUUCUUCAAACGAUCAACAUUCAUGUUUGUACAUGUUUAUUCUCUCCCCACCAACAUAGACAAGACGAUACAACGUACAAGAAAAAAAAAGACUCCUGGCGCAUACACCGUCGGAACAUUUGUUUGGGCAACAAGCCAGAUGGCCGUGUAAAUAACAAUCGCGCCACUAGCACGAUGACACAGAUAUGUUCCCUUGUGGAAUGUCAUAUAUGUACAGUUUUUGUGACCGUUAUUGAAAUAAAAGAUACGGUGAAAUAUGCCAAAGAAAA